AUGGAAACCGAACCGCAAGUGCUCAUCCUCAGCGUUCUGCAGGCCGGCGCGGGCCCCUCCGGGCUCGUGCUUGCGCUCAUCCUCCGGCGCAGCGGCGUGCGCGUGCGGAUCAUCGACAAGGAGCCGGCUCACCGCCCCGGGAGCCGCGGCUCGGGCGUGCAGGCGCGCACGCUCGAGCUCUACGCCCAGCUCGGCCUCUACCCCCAGAUCGCGGCGUGCGGCGCGGAGAUCCCGAACAUCGCGCUGUACAAGCCGGGAAAGGAAAAUCUGACGCCGCAGAAGGAGUUCAGGCUGACGGAGCGGGCAGAGGCGACGCCGGGGAUGCCAUACCCGAACGCGAUAAACAUCCCGCAAGACGUGCACGAGGCAGUGCUGCGCGGCGCGCUUGUGGGGCUGGGCUGCACCGUCGAGCUCGGCGUGGAGCUGACCAAGUUUAGUCAGCACUCCGACGGUGUCCGCGCCACGCUCAAACACGCCGACGGCACGGAAGAAGUUGCCGAGGCCACGUGGCUGGUCGGCGCGGACGGCGCACACAGCGUUGUACGCAAGGGCCUGGGGCUGAGUUUCCUCGGCGAGACGCACGAAGAGCAGGAGAUGUUGAUUGGAGAUAUUGAGGUCGACGGUGUGUCUCCCGGGUUGUGGCACAUGUGGGCCGACCCGCCGCGCACGAUGGUGCUCCGCAGCGCGACGCCCGACUCCAACCUCUUCAUGUUCGCGUACGUCCCCGGCACGCCCGGCGCGGUGCAGCACGCCGGGCCGUUCACCCGGGACGAGUUCGUCGAGACGUUUUAUGAGGUCACACAGCGCACGGACAUCACGUUCGGGAAGGCGACGUGGCUGUCGCGCUAUCGGCCGAACAUGCGCAUGGUGGAUCAGAUGCGGGCGGGCCGCGUGUUCGUCGCAGGGGAUGCUGCACACUGCCACAGCCCUGCCGGAGGCCAAGGCCUCAACUCGAGUGUUCAAGACGCGGCGAACCUCGCGUGGAAGCUCGCGCUCGUGAUCAACCACCAUGCCCCCGAUGCGCUGCUGGACACAUACGCCGAGGAGCGCCUCCGCGUGAUCGCACAGAUGUUACAACUCACAACUGCCUUGUACAACUCCACGUUUGACGCGCUCCGGUUGAAGCAGCAGCUCGACGCGGACGGCACCGAGGACGCACCGAUGGGCACGGACAGGAACGGCGCAGGGCUAUCGAUGCUCGGCGUGAACUACUCGGGGAGCUCGAUCAUCGCCGAGGACAACGACGCCGGCCCCGCCCCGGCGUACGCGCCGGGCUUCGCAGAGACCGGCGUCCGGGCCGCGUACCGCGCGCCAGAUGCCCCGGGGCUGGUGGCUGUUUACCCAAUGAGGAAGGAGACGAGCCUGUUUGAGGUGUUCGACGUCGCCCUGCACACCGUCCUGCUCUUCGGCGGUGCUGCCUCCAAGUUCUCCCGUCUGCUUCAAGGGUUACCGGUGGGGACAACACAGAUGGUGCAGAUCCUCCCGGCUUCUGUUGACACUGCUCCGCUCAAAGCGGAGGGCGUGGACAUCGUGCUGCACGACGCGCGGGGUCACGCGUACGCCGGCUACGGCGUCGAGACAGGUGAGACGGUGGUCGUGGUUGUGCGCCCCGAUGGUGUCGUUGGCAUGGUGCAGCGCGGGAGCGCGGAGGAAGCAGUGAAGGGCUUGACACAGUAUUUCGCAAAGAUCUUCGGGUGA